AGUAUUGUGUUACAAUGCCUGAGCCAGCGAAGUCUGCUCCUGCUCCCAAGAAGGGCUCGAAGAAAGCCGUUACCAAGGCUCAGAAAAAGGAUGGCAAGAAGCGUAAGCGCAGCCGGAAGGAGAGCUAUUCCAUCUACGUGUACAAGGUAUUGAAACAGGUUCACCCUGACACCGGUAUUUCUUCGAAGGCUAUGGGCAUCAUGAACUCGUUUGUCAACGACAUUUUCGAACGCAUCGCUGGGGAAGCAUCUCGCCUGGCUCAUUACAACAAGCGCUCGACCAUUACAUCUCGGGAGAUUCAGACCGCCGUGCGCUUGUUGCUGCCGGGCGAGCUGGCCAAGCACGCCGUGUCCGAGGGCACCAAGGCAGUUACCAAGUACACCAGCUCCAAGUGAGUCUUGCCGGGUCGCGGCGGCGCUCACACGAGUUCACCGGUCUUUUUACUCCAAAGGCUCUUUUCAGAGCCACCCACUUAAUCACAAGUAAAGGGCUUUGUUCACUUAACUUUCCCUUUAAAGAUCGAUUUGUUAAAAUAAGUUUAAGAAAAUUAGCAUCCGUAAUCUACAAGAUCUUUAUGAGUUGAGGUUUUCGGCCCGUAGCUGACUGCUUUUGGAUCUAGGACUCGCCUUUAUUACUGUGCUUGUUCUUUCCAAAAGAAAGACCUGUUAGGAUGCUGGGGAUUUGUUCUCUGUUCGCCACCCUUACCCUGAUCUAUAGAGCGUAGGCGACGCUUUGUUGGGGAUGUGCUUUAUCCACGUUGCAAAACGGAGUGAUUUGUGCUGAUCCCAUAAAAAAGAUCCAGGACACAUUAAGAUUCCGGGCCCCGGGAACACUGCGCACCAGCUCUACACAAGAAUUUUCCAGCCACUUUGAGAGCGGCUUACACGUGGGGUCACCAGUGGCCGCCGUGGAAUACCAGCGGGUCUGUACACCUCCCAUAGAGCCCGUGCGGCCGCGUCCCAGCAUUACCCUGAUUGGACCUCAUGACUAUUCAAAAUCCCGCGCCAUCCCCUAAUUUGUAGAAUUCUAUUUUCUCUGCUCACUUAAGGAUUAUAAAACUGUUUUUUUUUUUUUUUUCCACCGGCUUCUGUGGAUCAUUUUGCAUUUAGUGUUCUGCUUGCAACGCUAGGUCCUUAGGUCACUGCAAACCUGGCACUGUUCAUUCAGUUCUGGGCUUAAAAGUCACGUCGCAGAGACCUCCACAGAUUAGCUACUCAGGAAUCCUCGCCUCUCUUGCCCGGGUUUCCUUUCACUCGUGAUUAAACUUUCUCGUAGCAGUUGUCGAAAAUUGUGUAGUUCGUUUGUUGUCUUUAUGGUCUUUAUCCUCUAGUUUGCAGGCUCUUGAGGACCAGAGACCUUGCUGGUCUGUUUCUCAGCGGAAUCUUCAACGUCAGUCAGGGCCAGGCACAUGGUGAAGACUUGGGGAGUGAAUAUUUGUUGAAUUAAUUUCCCCAUCCCACCUUCUUAAUCGUCUUUUUGGAUGAAUGGAUGUAUUUUUUUCCAUUAGCUGUAUCUGAAACCAAGGAGAGAAUGGACGUGUUUUUGGAGCUCCUUCCCCAAGACUCUGCCUCUACUCUGCGGCAGCCGGGAGGGGGCCGUGGUACGAUUCUUUGUGCCAGAGGGGAUGUGGCGCAAUGGUAGGACCUCUCUUUACCCUUCCCAGUUGAGAGUAACCUCUUAACGAAUUUUUAUUAAAUUCAGAGCGUUGGUCACUGGAAAGUGAAAAUAGCCUUUCCCACCUUCUUUUCUGCCUUCAUCCUGAUUUUCUGUUCCUCACUGAGAUAGCUGUUAAUUUACACUAUCUCAUUUGUUUCUCAGAAGACUUAUUUCUGACAGGCAGUACCACAAAUAAAUAUCCCUUUUGUUAAUGACGUUGAGAGAAAUUAAGUGAUUGGUCCAUGGCCAUGAAGCUACUGUUUUGUCUGCUUUUGUAUCCUCAGAUGUGAGGACAAUUGCAUUUUAGUUUUACUUUGUGGAAUUGCAGAAUGUUGAAUUUUUCUGUUGAAGUCAUGAUUUUACUGUUGAAGACACUAAUGGUCUGAACAGUUACUUAAUUCUGCUUUGGGCUAAGGGUUCUUGAGUUGAUAGCAUAGGCUGCAUGAAUCCAAAUGGGCCCAGACAUUAUCACAAACAAUAAAUCUUGAAUUUCAUUCAUGUGUGUUUUCAAAUGUGUGUAGAUGCGAUUGUUAUUAAUAAAGUUACCAAUUAACAAA